AAUUAAAUUCAUUAACUCUAUAUAUUUUUUACAUAUAGUUCUCUACAAUAUUACGGUUUAAAUGUUAUCAUGCUUUCAAUCAUUAUCGAUUCUUCACAUACAGUCUCUCCUUUUCUUAUCUAAUAGCUGAUAAUAAGUAAUAGUAAUAGUAAUAUUUCAAUAGGAGUGACGUUUCUAUAAGACUAUUCUGUCCUUGGACUCUCAAUUUGAGAUCAAUAUCGAUAGGAUAUUCGACAUAUCGUUGUAACAGCUACCAUUUUGAUUCACUGUUAACUUCAGUAUGUUUAGUAUCGUUAACGAAGAUACGCUUGAUCUCAUUUUCUGUUUUCUAUAAGGCAAAGAAAAUGACACGGAAACGUAAAUUAUCAAAUGUGAAGGAGAGAUGUCGAAUCUGCCUCGUUGAUCACGGUUGUAUGAGUGAUCUCUUUGAUGAAGUUUUACGACCGAAACUGAAUGAUUUAACCAAGUGUACUUCUAUUGAUAUUAAAAACGAAGAUGGGCUGCCAAACACUCUGUGCCAUGUAUGUUUAUACAAACUGGAUUUGUGGAAUGAAUUCAAAGACCAGUUUAUAUGGUCAAAUAAAGUGUUAUUAAAUCAUUUGGAUUCUGCAGAAACCUGUGACAAUGUGAACGCAAAAUCAGAAGUGACCAAUGAAGAUUUACUACAAAGUGGACAAGAUAGUCUUUCUGAUACUUUUGAAAAGAAGAAACCAAAGACUGAAGUACCGCCACUCAUACCUCUGGAAUUUACAAAUGCAGACUCUAUAAAGGAUGAAACAAAAUUGAAAGAAAUAUAUGUAUCUGAUGAUGAUGUUACUUCUUCCAAGGAUUCUUCACAAAAACAUCACGAAGCUUCUAACGAUGAUAAAUCUAAGAAUGAAGAGGAGCUUGUAGAUAAUGAUAAAGUAAAAUCAACAUUAGGCUCAAUGAAGGGAAAAAUGUUAACUGGGAAACGUAGUAGGACAAUAGAACAGAGGAAAGCAUCAACCAAAAGAUGGGUUGCUAGAAAAAGAGCGCUAUUAGCAGCUACAGGAGAAAGUGUUUCCGAUACAGAUUCCAUGGGAUCAGAUGAUACUCAAUUGUCACCAGUUCAAAAAGCACUAGCAAAAACAAUUAGGGAUAAAGAAAGUGAGAAACAAAAAAAAAUGAAUAUAGCUUUGAAACAGUUAGAAACUAAUACGUCAGAUAAAUAUGGCAUUGAACAUGACAUCAAUGAUUUUAUUUGUCUAGAUACAGAUUCUGACACCCGAAGAACAAAGUCACUGAAAGAUGUAAAUUCUGAUGUAUCAUUAACUGGAAGUAAAAACACUUCUGUAAAAGACUCUCCCGAGCAAGACGAAAUAAAGAAAAAUAAGCAUGCCGAAAAAGAUGAAAAUGAAAAAGAAAAUUCCUUAUUAUCAUUAUUAGAAAAUUCUGUAGCAGAAACAUCACCUAAGAAAAGUGACAUUGACAUUGUAGAAGGUACAUUUACUCCAUGUUCAGUAAAAUCUGAAUUAGAAGUUGGUGAUGCUACAUACAUAGUUACUUCCACUUUGAUGCUUGCAGAACCAUUAAGUAAAUUGAGCUUAAACAGUUUAUCGAAAGGGCAGAAAGAUGAUAAUACUGAACAAAAUUCUCAAGAAAAGAAUACUGAUAUUAUUGAUGCUGUACAGCUUCGUAGAAUAAAUCCAGUUCCAACUGAUUCUACAGAUAAGAAAUGUAUUGAAAGAUGUCUAAAUAUAGAAGUGGAAGGAACAGAAAUAGAAUCUUUAAAACGUGUACAAGUUGAAAUAGCAGGUUUUGUAGAGAAAGAAAUGAAACAUAGAUUAUUUGAAGUAAGUGAUAAUACAAAGGAAGAUGAAAGGGGAAAUAGCGGUAAGAAUUCAUAUCAAACCUUAGAUCAACAACUUAAGAAUAUAAUAGAAAAAACUAUAAAGAAAAAUUUUGAGUCUUCUAUGAUGAGGAGUUGUGGGUCAGGGUUUAAUACAUAUAAUAUGAAAUCCGGAAGAGUUUCUCCUACGUCUAUAAAGGAAGCGGAAAAUUCGAAAAAAUAUCAACCGAAAGUUAUGCUAAAGCGAUUAGAUAUAACCAAAGAAAAUAAACAUCGAAGUAUUAAUAAUAUUCAUGUUAUUACUAAGCGCACUGUUAAGAAUAAACUUGGCGGGCCGUUUAGUAUGGUUUCUCAUAAACGACAAAGCGUGUUACCAAUAAAAUAUAAUGAUUAUAAUACUUCUGCUUUAGAUUCUGAUUCCAAUUUGUCAGACGAAAUAGAAAUAUGUGAAGCAUCUAAGACAGAAAAUGAUUACAAUGUUCAUAAAUCACAAGAAAUUGUAAAAAGACAAGUUAUUAAUACAGUAAAACAAGAUGAAGAACUUAAAGUGGAUACUAAUAGUGCAAUAAUUGAAUCUGUUAUGAAACCUGAAUUGAAAGUAGAAAAUCAAGAAAAUGAUUUUAAAAUAAAUUCAUCCGUUGAUGAAAAACUUAUUUGUGGUGUAUGUGAACAGACAUUUAGUAGUCGUAGUGAAGUUGCAGCUCAUGUUCGUAUGCAUAAAACAGAAUCUCCUGCUGCAACACGACACAAUAAACAUAAAAUGAUGAGAUGUAAACGAUGCCAUGAAAUAGUUGAAGCUAGAUUUGUAAAAGCUCACGUCUGUAAAUCUAUAAAACAACAAACUCACAAGUGUUAUGUAUGUAACUCUACAUUCCGAACUGAAAAGCAACUUGUACGUCAUUUAGAAAGUCAUGAUCAAUCGGAAUUCAAUAUAGAAAACAUAACAAAAGGGGAAAAUCAAAAGUCAACUCAUAUGAAUUCCUCAAAAACUACUAAAGACAUAGUAUAUUUGAAAUCUGAGAAAUCUCAAUUUUCAAAGGCAGACAAUAAUAUAUUUGUAAAAUCAGACAAUUCGAUAGUUGAAAGAGGCAAUGUUCAAUUAGUAGCUAAAGGGCUAAAAGGAGACAACACGCAAGAAUUAUUAAAACCGAAGGAAACAUAUACUUGUUUCGUAUGCGAUAAAAUAUUUACAGAUGAAGAAAUAUUGAAAGAUCAUUUACAAAAGCACUGUGACGACAUGAGCGAAGAUGAUCAGAGCACUGGCAAAGAACAAUAUCAGUGUGCAAUUUGCGGUGAUUCUCUAGAUUCCGAAGAUGCACUUGAAGCUCAUGUUGAAAAACAUUUAUUUGAUGAAGAAGAUGAUAAUCCUAAUCUCAUUAAUAUUGCUAAUGAAACUGAAAAAACUGGCGAUGAUCCUUAUCAUUGUUUACAAUGUACAGAAUCAUUUAAUUCAGAAAUGUUACUAGAAAUGCAUAUGCAGGCUCAUGAAGAAGAAGCUGCAAUAGCAGAAUGGGAGAAACAGGGAAUAAAAGCAUACGAGUAUCAAUGUAUGAUUUGUGACGAACUCUUUGAAACUGAAGAGGAGUUAUCUGAACAUUUAGAUAUACAUAAUGGAAACGCGUAUGUUUGUCAGUUAUGUGAGAAACCAUUUUCAAGUCUAGAAGACUUACAAAAACAUGUUGCAACACAUUGAUAUAUGUUAGUGAUCAUUGUUACACUCUUUUAAAACAUUCAGACUGCGAGUUACAUAAAAUGCUUUAUACAUAUAUAUAUAUUAAUAUAAAUGAUCACCCUGUAUAUAUAAUACUUAAUAACUAUAUAAUAAGAAGUUGAAAUGGCUUGAAGUAAACGAUUUGUUACAUAUACUUUUUAUUUUAUUUCAAAAUAACCUACAAAGGUAGAUAUACUUCAAGGUUUAAUGUAAUUAAAUACAAAUUCUUUGUAUUAACGUUUAAAAACGUAAUUUUAAUAUAUAAAUAUAUGAAUAUAUCUGUUUCAUAAUAUGUUAAGUUUUAAAUGUUUUCAAUAUGAAUAAGAAAUCUACAGAUGCAGUGUCGUAAUUAACUUCUCUAAUUUUUGUUUUGAGGAAAAUUUUUUGAACAUUAUAAUUUAUGGUACUUAUGCUUACCUUGAAACUCUGUAACAGCUAUAAGGAACAUUUCCAUGAAUCUCCAUAUGCACAUGUUAAUGAAUUAAUAUUUUAAUAUAUAUAUGCAUGAAAACAUAUACAUUUUAUGUAGAUGUAAUAAUAAUUAUUAUUAAAGCACAGUUUUAUUUCCAAUAAAUACUAACUAUUUAUACAGAAAUAAAGUACAGUUUUAUUUUCAACAAAUAUGAAGUGUAAUAUAAAAUCUACGCGAUGAAAUGUUCAUGUAGAACGGAUUAGAAAUAGGAUUAGAAAUAGAAUCUCUGAUAAAAGAAACACUCAUGUAUAAAGUGUAACAUAUUUUGUCGAUUGAAAUUUAACGUGUACAUUAAUGAGUAUGUAAAUAUAAUGUUUUUAUAUGAAAUAAUG